UGUUAUGUAAUUAUAGUCUAGAAUAAAGGGAUCGAGAGUAAAGGGAUGAAGUAUAUAACAGGAUCUUGAAGUAGGUGCAGUAGAUAUUUAGGGAGGCACACAUGGGUUCCAGUCACAACCAGUUAAUUUAAGCCAAGCAAGGUUAAAGGGUUCAUUACUGGGCAGACUUUUUAUAAAGAAGCAGAAAGGGAAAAAAAAUAAAGCACAGGGAUGCACCUCUUUGUAAAGUUGGUGUGAUCGUCUGCUGAGUUUUUCAGCAAUCGGAUGGGUUUUUUCCUAGUUAUCCACCUGCUUCUUCUUGUCGUGGAAAAGGAAUUCUAAAAAAAAAAACCAACUGUAGAAGGAAUUUAUUUUUCCCCUGGGGUUUCCCCCGUGUGCAUCCAAAUUCAGUGGGAGACAGCAACUGGUCAUCUAGAAAAAUAUCAAAAGGCUUUACUAGAUCUUUUUUUGUGUGUUUUAAUUUCUUAAAUAUAUUGAAAAUCUGCUCCAAUAAGAUAUCACGAGUUCCAUGGCUUACAGACCCCUGGUUCUUUGCUUUGUGAUAUGGCAGAGAACACGACUAACUCACUCCAAAUGGGUAAAAUGGCUUUCUAGGAUUGUCAAAAGAAGUCAUUGAUUUCCACAAUUAAUACGUUGAACGUAGACGGCUUAAAAUCCAAUUGUCAAAGUUGUUUUUCUGUUCCAGAAGUAGUACAUUUUAAGAAAUUUAAAUAUUUAUGUAAUUUUGACGGAGCAAUGGUAGAUAUUUUCCCAGAUCAGGUCUAAUAUGAAGCUUAGCCAUCAGAGCUAGCUCUCAGUUUCUUUAUGCAAACUAAGAUUUUUAUUUUUUUUUCCCUAGUGUUGCUCUUUUAAAUGUUUUCAAAACCUGUGUUGCAGCUUGGUUUUAGCCAUUGCUUUCUGUGAUGAGGAGUGUUGGCUGAAACACAGACCUUUGGCGAGGUUAUUAGGAGUUUAAAUUUUCCUGUAGACAAUAGAGGGCUGGUGCAUUAUUAGUCUUCAUUUCACUUAUUUAUUGCCUGCUUUGCAAUUGGGAAGGCACUCAAAUAUUUACCUGACAGUUAUGAUUUGGUUGUGUUUUCUUGGUCCACUUUCCAAACCUUCUUCUGUCUUUGGAAUUGACGGGUUGUUUCUUGCACCGCAGCCUCCAGUAGUGAAGACAGAGAUGGUGACCAUUUCAGAUGCCACACAGAGAACUGAAAUCUCCACUAAAGAAGUUCCAAUUGUUCAAACAGAAACUAAAACCAUCACAUACGAAUCUCCACAGUUUGAUGGCAGUGCUGGUGGCAACACCGGUGUGCUGCUGAGCGCGCAGACAAUUACAUCAGAGUCCAUUUCUACUACCACAACUACACACAUCACAAAGAUGGUAAAAGGUGGGGUAUCAGAAACAAGAAUUGAGAAGCGCAUCGUCAUCACUGGAGAUGCAGAUAUUGACCAUGACGAGGCCCUGGCACAGGCAAUCAAAGAAGCCAAAGAGCAGCACCCUGACAUGUCUGUCACGAGGGUGGUGGUGCACAAAGAAACAGAGCUGGCUGAGGAAGAUGAAGAGUAAGAUCAAAAAAAAUGUCCUCAAGCAAAUAUUUUAGAAAUACAACUGACACUGACCAUGACCAUGACCAUGAAGAACUGUAAUCAUUCCAAGUCAUCACUUCUCCACCAAACACACCGAGCCCAGCAGCGGUGACCAGAUGUUCAAGACUUAAAUGCCAAUACCAAACUCCA